CGGAUUUCGGGGGGUGGGGAUUCGUGCCGGAUCGGCAGGGACGGGGCUGCCUUUGGGGCGCUCGACUAAAGUCGCUGGCGGCAGCCAUUCGCUCAUCGCAGGGCCUGCCUGACCGUCGCUAUGUCGGAUUUCGACAGCAACCCUUUCGCGGACCCAGACCUUAACAACCCUUUCAAGGAUCCUUCCGUUACACAAGUGACUAGAAAUGUUCCACCAGGAUUAGAUGAAUACAACCCUUUCUCAGAUUCCAGAACACCACCACCAGGAAAUGUCAAAAUUCCUAAUGUGCCCAAUACACAACCUGCUAUAAUGAAACCAACUGAGGAACCACCUGCUUAUACUCAAAUUGCAAAGGAGCAUGCCUUGGCCCAAGCUGAACUGCUUAAGCGACAGGAAGAAUUAGAGCGAAAAGCAGCCGAACUAGAUCGCAGGGAAAGAGAAAUGCAGAGUCUCAAUCAGCAGGGAGGAAGAAAGAAUAAUUGGCCUCCACUGCCAGGAAAUUUCCCGGUGGGCCCUUGUUUUUACCAGGAUUUCUCAGUAGACAUUCCCGUGGAGUUCCAGAAAACAGUAAAGAUUAUGUACUAUUUGUGGAUGUUCCAUGCUGUGACAUUAUUUCUUAAUAUUUUUGGAUGUCUAGCCUGGUUUUGCCUUCAGCCCAGGCGAGGAGUAGACUUUGGACUGAGUAUUCUCUGGUUCUUGCUUUUUACCCCAUGUUCAUUUGUCUGCUGGUAUAGACCACUUUAUGGAGCCUUCAGGAGCGAUAGCUCCUUCAGGUUCUUUGUUUUCUUCUUUGUCUACAUUUGUCAAUUUGCUGUGCAUGUCCUUCAAGCUGUAGGAUUCCAAGGUUGGGGGAACUGUGGAUGGAUUUCAUCUCUCACUGGACUUAACCAGAGUAUUCCAGUAGGCAUUAUGAUGAUAGUCAUAGCAGCACUUUUUACAGCUUCUGCGGUCAUCUCACUAAUUAUGUUUAAAAAGGUACAUGGUUUAUAUCGUACAACUGGAGCAAGUUUUGAGAAGGCCCAACAAGAAUUUGCAACGGGUGUGAUGUCCAACAAAACUGUACAAACUGCUGCAGCAAGUGCUGCCUCAACAGCAGCAACCAGUGCUGCUCAAAAUGCUUUCAAGGGUAAUCAAAUAUAGACAAAAGAAAUGAAACACAUUACAAAUUUCUGGCUGUCCUUUAUUUUUCAGUCCCUAAAGACUUAUGUUUAAAAUGCACACAGCAUGUAUGUCUUUUCAGCUGUGCAUGGGCUAAGACAGAAAAAGAUCAUUUCAUUCCUUUUAGAAUUUUGUAAUGAGAAGUUCUUCCUAGCUACUCUAUUACCUUACAAUAGUUAUUUUUUUUUCUCCAUAUUUUUGGAGGUACAUGAUAUUUGAUGAAAAUUAAAACAGUAGUUUUAAAAUUUGUACUAAAAGUUUAGCUUCUGAGAUAAGCAAAUGAUUUUGUUUUUCCAUGGUGUGUCGCUCUCCGUGGAACUGUUCCUCCUGACUUGAGAAAAGCACUUUGAAUUAACCCUGUUCAUAACACUUUGCUUCCCUGUUUUCGUAAGAAACAAAAGUAGCUGACAAUUUUGAACAUUAACUUUUAGCUGCUGCUUUGUAGCUCCAGCAGCUGAUGAAGGACAGACGUAAGCUUAAAAUAAGUAUGAUAGAUAAUGUAAAUUCUUUUUUUAGGAGAAUAGAUUUUUUUAAUACUCGGAGUCUGCAUGAAAAUUUUUUGACCAUGCUGCACUAGUGUUCUGGUCCACAAAUUGUCUAUCAGUCUGGUUAUAGUAUUUGUUAAGAUCUGUUUUCAUGGUGUAUAUAGUGUGCUAACAGAUAUCUUCAUUCAAGUAAUGCAACAUGAAGUGAAAAGAAUUAUGUUUUAACUGAGGCAGAGUUGUUAUAUUUGUUCUUUUUGAUUUCACUAUUCAUGAUUAGGAAGCACAUAUUUCUAAACAGAAUCUGUUUAGCAAUAUUUAAAACACUAAUAAUAGCUAGUCCAUUCUGACUUAUGUUAAAUUGUAGUGGAAUUUAUUUUGUGCUUCAGAAUUUUGACAUUUUUAAAGUGUGCAUUUGUGUUUAAUGCUAUUAUAUCAUUAGUCUUGUCAGUCACUCUGUUUAGUAUUUGUAUAAACAUCUGAAUAUUCAGUAACUUAUUUAAAUUUUUAACAUUACUAUAGACCCUAAUCAGGCUUUUAAACAUUGAUAAUUAUGUACUUGAAUUCUUUUAACAUACUUCAGCCUUCAUAUAAGAUUUAAUCUGAAUGUGCAUUUUAUUAAAUGCAAAUUGAAGAUAUACUUUAUCACAAUUAGUCUAGUGUGGUGCUAUAUGGCAGCUUUUUGUUAUUUUAAUUCAUAUUCUAUUAAUUACCUCUUGAGGUCACUGUUUCCUUUUUGAGUUUCUAAAUUCUAGGUGUUAAUAUAUGAUAAUUUGAAACAUACUAUGGAUUAACCACUUGAAUGGUAUUCCAUUCCUGUCAUUAAGAGAUUUUUAUUUUUCUAUUGGGUAACAUACUAUAGUGGCGAAUUUGAUUUUCUUGAAUUCUGAUAUAACAUUAAUUUGAAAAAAAAUAAUUCAUCAUGUUCUAAAUUUCCCCACCUGGAGUGCAAACAUGUCGUCUUUAACAUGUUCCGUAGAAUCUCAGGUUGUAAUGUUUGGAGAGGACCUUAGAUGGCACCUGAUCCAGUCUUUCUCAACCUUGGCAAUUUUAAGAUGUGUGGGCUUCCUGACUGGCUGGGAAUUUUGUAGAAUCCUAACAACGGCUAUCCUGGCUCUGAAUAUGCAGGGAAGAGUCCACCACUUCCCAAGGCAGUCUUGUUCCAUUGUUGAAUAGCUUUUACUAUUUUCCUUGAUCUCUGGCUGAACUUUGCUUCCUUGUAAUCUAAAUCCAUUAUUUGUCUUUUGGAACAAUUCUGAUCAAUCCUGGCCUGAUUUCUACAUGACAGCCAUUUGUCCGAAAUGGUAUAGGGUUUCCUACCUGAGCAGGGGUUGGACUAGAUGACCUCCAAGGUCCCUUCCAUCAUCAUCAUCAUCAUCAUCAUCAUCAUCAUCAUCAUCAUCAUUAUUAUUAUUAUUAUUAUUAUUAUUAUUAUUAUCAGAAAGAGGCACUGGGUUAGGUUAGCAUGAUUUAUUAAUAAAUGUACCUUUCCUAAAUACUCAAAAAAUGUACAUAAACCCAUUGCUUAAUUAUUCUAGGAAUUCUCUGAGUAUUGACAUCAAGCUGGCCAGAGUUUUCUUUGGGGGGGGGGCAGGAAUAAUAUUUAGAAGAGAUAUUUGUAUCUCACAUGGGGCACAAUGGCUCAGAUGAAAGCUUGUCACCUGGAAAGCUGACAGCCCAGAUUUGAGACCUCAGUACUGUGCAAUGGGGUGAGCUCCUGUUUUUUGCUCCAUCUCCUGCCGACCUAGCAGUUUGAAAGCAUGCAAAUGUAAGUAGAUUGAUACCACUUCAGUGGGAAAGUAGCAGCAUUUGGUACACCUUUGACAUGCUGGCCACAUGACCACGGAAAAUGUCUUUGGACAAUGCUGGAUCCCUUGGCCAAGAAACAAAGAUGAACACUGUGUCCUUGAGUUGGACACGACUGGACAGGAGAAACUUUUACCUAUUUGUAUUACAGAGUUGAGCAGUGGGGUCCUUGGUGCUCUCUGAGCUUAGCUGUUUUCUUACGAACAUUUCAUCAGCAAACUAGGUAAUAUCUUCAGUGCUGGAAGAGAGUGGGGUUUCGUCACCAGCAAACAACACCCAUAUGAGCAGAAAUUAACACUAGACCAACAAUCAAGAAAUAAACAAUAUUCCAAUCAAGGAAUCGCCAGUGAAUACAAACUAACUGUAAAGAACAGCCUAAUCAAGAAAUCACCAAGCUCACUCAUGACAGUGUAGUAUAUAAAAGAAAAACAAACCCCACUCCAUACUAACACUGAUGAUGUUACCUAGUUUGAGAAUGAAUGUUUGCAAGAAAAUUACCAAGCUCAGAGAGCACCAAGGACUCCACGGGAAUAACAUUUGCCCUUCUCCAACCCUGUGAUUCCAGCCAUGAUUUCUUAAAGAUCAUAAGGGCUCCUAGAUGACAUUUGCAGGCUCUUUCAGAACUCUUGAAUGUAAUUGGUCACAUUCUGGAGACUUAAAUCCGUUCUUGGAAGCCAGGUGUUUCCUAGCCUUUUAAUUAUCUUGGAUUACUAUUGGAUUUCAGUAUUUACGAUCUUUUCUUUGUUCCUUUCUUUACUUUUACUUACAUACUAAUGUUUAUAUCUCACCCAGCUCCAGAGACUUCAGGCAGUUAACAGUGUAUAAAAUUUACAGAAUUAAUAAAGUAGAUGUUUUAUUUCUUUUUCAUGUAUUUAUUUCAAUCCUUGAUCCCUAACGCAUGGCCACUUUAAUUGCUAAUCAUUUAAAUCUUACUGAGGAAACUGUGUUCACAUUUAUUAAAGGAUCUAAUUUUUCUCAGGUGAUAAAGCAGAUUGAAACUUGAAAUAUAUAAAUGUGGGCCUAAUUUGCAGUAGGUCUGGUAGUCAUGUUAGUUCCAGCAGGUAGAACACAUGUUGAUUAUAAUGUCCAUUUUCAUUCUUCUAAACCAUAAUAAAAAAAAUGGACUCAUAUGGACACAUAAUGAACUUAUUCUUCCAGAUUAAAUCAAAAUUAAUGUAAUGAGUAAACUAUUAUUCGCAAUUUCUUAUUGUUCACUAUGACAGAAGGCUGUUGUAUGUUAAAUAUUUAACAAACAAAUGCUAUCAAAGUCUGUUGGUGAACAAGUCUACACCUAUUACUACACUAAUUUUGUAAACACCCAGUUGUAAUGGUUUUUAGGUCAUACUAGAAUGUCAAUUGUUUUUCAUUUCUAAUUUUGGCAUUGGAGAUAUUUAGGUGAGGAAAGUCUGUAUAUUUUGUAAAUUACUAGUGAUGCUUUGCCAUCCUUGUGAAUGUGACAAUUCUGUAUAAAUGCACACAGAUACUGUGAUACUGCAUGUCUGGGUAGUUCUGCAUAUUUAUUGUAUCAUUUCAGUGACAUAGAAUAAAAUGAUUCCUGAUUAUUUGCUCUGUAUAGUUUAAAAAAUAAAGUAGGGUCUUUUGUAAAAUGCAAGAUAAAAUACCAAAAGGCUAAUAUGUACAGUAAAUACUAGGUUUUUGUCCCAGUUCAGCUCUAGUCCUGGAGGCAGAAUGUGGAUGAAGAUUUAUUUGGAACAUUGUCAUGUGGAUCAACAUCAGUAGCAUUCCACAUUUUUAUUCUGGCAUUAUUACUCACAUGUAAUUAUGAAUAAUUAACGCUGGACCAGGGAGUUGAGUUUUUUGUAUUAUGUAUAUAAAUUCUACAAUUUGCAUCACUGGCAAAGCUAAGCCUGCCUGCAGAACAACUCAUUGAAAGAACAAUCAAAAGCUGGGCUUGGUUUUCAAGGAAAUACUUGGUUGUGUUUUGUUUCUGUGAUGUAAAUGGGAGAUUUAAAAAGAAAAAUUAUUGAAAUUUAUGCAAUUGAUAGGUGUUAUUAGAGGAAGCUUUGGAAGUAAAACAGAACCUUUGAAAACCGAAA